CCUCCUUGGCCGAACUUUUGACUGACAUGGAUCACGUACUUAUGCUAAAUACCUAGGUAAUAUGUAGUCUUUCAAGACCCCGAAAGGCUCGAUGCUUCUGUUUAUGCCAGCGUUCUCUCGUCGUUUGUGAACCUCAGUUCAGACACCGUCCCAUUAUAAUCGAACUACUAGGUUAGGUCUCUACAUCAUGGCGCCUGAUGACAACGUUUCUCCUGAGGCACCGGAGCCUCCUUCGGCCGCUCCUCCGGAAGAGUCAUCUCCCGCAGGGGAAGAGCUUCAGGAGGAAGAGCAGUGGCAAGCCCAGCGUCAGAAGAUCCCUUUGAAGGUCGACGUGGACUGGCUCGACUUUGAACACUUCAAGAACCGAUACUCAGACGAGGAGGGACUGGCCAUCAUUGAAGUCCUCUGUGGCCACCCAAAGAUUGCUCAGGAGGUCGCCCGAGAGCAGGCCCGACGGAAGCGUGGCAAGCAGGGUCUCAAAGUGGCCACGGCCGUACCCAACCUGAAGCAUGCUGUUGACGGAAAUGCAUACUGGAUACAACGCGUCCGUAUUCAGUCACCACAGAUCAUUCUCCUGUUGUCCCGCUUAACAGGUCACCGGGACGGAUGGACUACCGACAGUCCACGCACCUUUUUCGCGCCGUUCCUCACCUUCUACUACUACUUGCCGCAACUGAAGCGGAGUCUCGAGCUCCUCGAACAGAGGUGGACAGCUGAAGACGCCCCUGGCCAUCCGGCUGAUGCCUUGUCGUCCGCCGGCCAGGAAGAAGUGCAGAUCACGCAACAGCACGAGGGAACCCACGGGGAUGGAAACAGUGAUAGCUCCUCUGAGAGCGACGAUGAUGACAUUGACACCGCCGCCAACCCCGAGCCCGUUCCCACGGCGCCCGAACGGGCCGUAUCGCGAGGGAUCGUCGACUCUCGUACCGCCCUGGCCCACCUCAGAAAGUUUGUUGACUUCAUUGAGCGGUACCUUGUGCCUCAUUGGUCUCGUGCUGCCGGUACCAGCCAGCGCAAAUUCCGCUUCAACGACCUAUGGAUGGCCUUCCAACCUGGCGAGCUCCUGCACAAGCCCGUGUCAUCGGAGCCCGGACAGAACUCAGACGCAGCGCAGAGAUCCGGCACAAAAAUGUAUCAAACAGCCUGGCGGCUCUAUUCCAUAGUGUUCGACCGUAUUCAGGACGACAAACCGGAUGACAUCGGCGAGACUUCGACGCGUGAGCUAGACAUUCACGCGUACUACUGGGACUACGACGGCACUUCAUACAUCCCAGUCAUCAAAAGGUUUUCCAUCAAGCAUUACGAAGGCGAUAAGGACAUCACAAGCCUGGAAGUUUUCCCCCUCCGCUUCGCCAAAGACUCUGAAAAAUUGAAAGACACGCUCAGCAAGCAGGGCACCAUGUUUCUGAAGGCCGUACGAUGCAAGCACCUCGCCUACGACGGCUGGACCCUCACCAGAGGCCCUACUGACGACCCCGAGAAACCGCUGGUCAUGGAGCAUGUCGACAGCGAUGUCAUUAUUGAUUUCGCGGAAGGCUACAAGUCGGACCCCCUUGCCAAGCUUGGUCCAAUUUCAUGGGAACGUGGCUUGUUGAAGUUCGACGAUAGCGACUGGCCGGUUGGAGAUGACGAGCUCACCAUUCGGCAUUGGAAGUCUACGGCCAACGGUAGACGUCUCUUUGUGUUUGUCUGCAUCCAGGAGAGGACUCAGAGGGCCGAAUGGUACUGCGAGCGAUUCAAAAACGAGGUGGUGCAGGCACGGGCGGGUCUCAGGGCUUACGAAGACGGCAAGCCGGUCAAGGACCUGGACCAAGAUGAACGGAUGUUGCUGCCUCGGAGGCUUGUCGGAUACGCCUUCCGGGAACGCCGGUUCGUCAUGCUCGACAUCCAGUCCCUCAGGGAGCUUCCGGCAUCCGACAAUGUCUUCCGGAACCUUCGUAUCAACCCAGCACAUAAGAACAUGGUCAUUUCGCUAGUCAAGUCACACCUUGACAAGCAAGCUCUCCAGAGGUUGCAGCCACGCGCCAGCCUAAACCAGGACCUUGUCCGUGGCAAGGGGUCCGGAUUGGUGCUGCUCCUCCACGGUGUCCCUGGCGUAGGCAAGACCGCUACAGCAGAAGCUGUUGCCCAAGCCUACAAAAGGCCCCUCUUUGUCAUCACAUGUGGCGACCUCGGAUUCGAUCCGCAAGACGUCGAGAGCGGUCUCAAGAACAUCUUCCGUCUCGCCCAUCUCUGGGACUGCAUCCUACUGCUCGACGAGGCUGACAUAUUCCUUUCUCGUCGCGAGCUGAAAGAUCUGGAACGCAACGCACUGGUUUCUGUCUUCCUUCGCGUGCUCGAAUACUACAGUGGCAUCCUGUUUCUUACUACGAACAGAGUCGGAGAUCUGGACGAGGCCUUCAAGUCUCGUAUUCACAUUAGCCUCUACUACCCUCCGUUGGACAGGGACCAGACGCUCAGCAUCUUCCAGGUCAACAUUGGUAAAUUGGAGAGGAUCGUGGCUGAGAAACAGAAGCUGCAAGCCCAGCAGAACCCUGAAGGUCCGACUACCAACUGCCCCCGACUGAUCAUCGACAGGGAGGAGAUCCUCGAUUUCGCGAGGCGACACUUCGACCGUCAUGAGCAGUAUCCGGAGCAGAGGUGGAAUGGCAGACAAAUUCGAAAUGCUUUCCAGAUUGCCUACUCUCUCGCCGAGUUUGAGAUGAUUGGCCAAAAUGAAAAGGCACGCAGAGCCGCCCAGUCCGCCAGCCAAGUCGAAUCGAAUAGGGCCACGCCACGCCCGAGAAUGGGCGAAGGGCGGUUAGGAGCCCUGCAUUUUGAGAUGGUCGCCGAAGCCAUUGAGAAAUUCGAAACCUACCUGUUCCAUGCCACAACAAUGUCGGACCGCGACAGGGCUCGGAAGACGCACAUCCGGCAUGAUGACUACGUCGACCAAUACAUCGACUAUGCCGCGCCGCACGCAUCGCGCUAUCAACAAGUGACAUACCAGAAGCAACGGGCAGCGCCGCCAGCGGGCCGCAGCACACGCCCGAGCCCGGGACUCAAACCCCCACCCAGCUAUCGAACCCAGCAAGAAGAUGGGCCCAGGGACCGCCCAGCUCCAGCCUGGCAAGGCGAGCAACCAACUUCGACCCCGACGGCUAGCCGUUACCCGCCCAGGCACAUGCAGGCAGGUUCGGCAAGGCCUGAACAGCGUUCUCCCCUCGCCACCCAGCGGCCUCCUCCGCCUCGGAAGCAACCCGGUCCCGCCUCCAACACCGGAGCGCUACCCACGACGCCCUCCCGAAGCGUCGGCAACGCCAAAACACCUGCCGCUGUCGGUCGCAACGACUCGGGAUACGGCUCAGGCUCCGGAUGGAGUAUCGCGACUCCGCGGACGACCGAUUCAGGGUUGCCGCAAGACUGGCAAAACCGCGAAGGGGAGACAGACGGGAACCCUCACGGUGACGAGGGGCUGCUCCUGAGCGACGGGGAGGAGGGUGAUGGCGGGCUCUAUGAUCAUAAGACUGGAUAUAGUGACGCAGAUCCGAAUGGCGUGGAGGAGAAUGGCUACGAUGGGGACGGGUUCGACGGCGCGGAUAGUAACAGGUUUCUUGAUGAUGAGGAUGAUGCUCAGUUCUAUGGCGAGGAUUACCGGUAUGCUGGCGAGGCUGAGCAGGUCGGAGGGUUCUGAUAAUAAUUGGACGCAACUAGUGAAGUAGUGAUGAGCUGGGUAUCUAAACAAACAGAACAAUGAACCCUACGUUG